AACAUAUGCGCCCACACACACACGCACACACUAGCAGCAUCGCGAGACCCACACACACUCUCACUCAUAGCAUCAUCACUGCUCUGCUGCACCACAGAGAGAGGCACACUGAGCAUUCACCCUCUUUCUCUCUCUCUCUCUCUCUCUCUGCUCCUUCCUCUACUGCGCACUCUCUCUCUGUUCACCUUGGCUGCUGGGUGGUGUGGAGUUAUUGUUGCGUCAGAACCAGAGAGAUCCAGAGACAGCCAUGCCGGGGGAGAGCUCUCACAGAUCUGUCCCCAAAGAAAGACAUCCGGAGCUUGGAGCAGAGCAGACAGGCUUGCCUGAACCAGACAUGACCAGACAUGCCUCCACUGACUCCACUCCUAGUGACAGUGGCUCCACCCCUAGUGACAGCGGCUCUAGUCCCUCCCCCAGCACCCCUCAGAAGCUGCUCCCAUCAUGCACCUCUCCUUUUGGGCCGCGGCUGGUCCGGGCCACGCCCAGCUCGUCCGCGACCCCGCGACCCCAGCCUGAAGGUUCCGACCGUCACCACAGUAACACGAUCCGGCUUAGCGGGACGUUUGGAGGUCAUGGACCCUGUGGACGUCGCAGCGGACCCGUGAAGAUGGAGAGAAUCAAGGUCCUGAUGGGCUCAGAGGUGGAGAGCGACUACAAGGAGCCAGAGAACAUGGACACACGGGUGGUGAUGGGCCAGGAGGCUCUGCUCAAGACCAAGAAGACCCUGACAGGGAAGUGCCCUUGCAGGCAGAGCAGCCAGGCGAUACCCCUGCCCGGAGGCCCAGUCUUGGAGGUCCCUAACCCUCCGUCAGAACCACAGGCAGAGUCUGGGGAAAAGGCCCAACUGGACACAGGGCAGGAGAGAGACAAUUCACCUCUGACCCCAAAGAUGGAGCAAGAGCAGGAGAGAAUCCCUGUCCUGCCCAUUAGCCCUCUCCUCACCCCUCUCCUAACCCCCCUCAUCCCUGCUUCCCCUCCCUCCUCAGAGCCAGUCACAGUGGAUGUUAGUUUGACAGGCAGCUCAAGCCCUUUGGAGGCAGGGCUGUCUCCCUAUGGUGAAAUGCCUUUUGUAUGUGCCAUGUAUGCCAUGCCCUCCUUGUCCGAGCCAGCCUAUCCCCCUGCUAUCCUGUCCUUCACUGAGCCGGCCUAUGCCGUGGACCCUCUGAGAGUGGGCGUUCCCUCAUCCCUGGAUCCUGACCUGUACUACACCGCCCCCUCCACCCCCAUCAAGAUGGUUGCUCACCCCUCACACCUCAAACAUCGCUCUUACCCUGGCUCUCCAGCCUCUCCCCUCUCACAAAACUCCCCUUCGGACAGCGAGGACCUGUGCUCCCCCCUCACCUCCCCCUCUGGCUCCUAUGUCACGGCGGAGGGGGGCAGCUGGACCUCUUCCACCUCCCCCUGCACCUCCCCCAAUCUGCUCCUGGCAGAGGAGGUGCAGGAGGCACCUGCAUGCUUUGUCAGCUCGCUGUCUGAAAUCGGAGAUGAGGUGGGAGAGGAUAGGGGAGCUGUAGGGGAGAGGGCAGAGGAGAAGGGAGGAGGAGCAGCAGAGUGGCGGUUCUGCCUCUAUAAGGGUCUAGCAGAGACUGUAAUCCUGGAGGAGGAGGAGGUGCUGAGAGGGGAGGUGAGGGGGAGGGGGAGUGAGGAAACGACAGUCUCAAGAGGUAGCUGUCGCCCCCGCUGGGUGACAGAGGACACUUCCCCAUUGAGGAGCAGCAGCGGCAGAAGCACUGACUCCCAGGAAGAGGGAGGGGAGUCGGAGGGCUCGCUCUGCCCAGCAGAGGAUGCUCUAGCUGGGGGACAGCAGUACUCUAGUCCCCUGCUGCAAAGAGGCCUGGAGCUGGAGCUGCAGGCCUGUGUGGCUGAGGAACUUUACCCUCCCAUUACCAACCCAGAGGAUGGAACAGGCCUAACCCAUCACAUCUCCAGUGUCAACCCUGCCUCCCCCAAACUUCCCUUGGACACCUGCUCUCCAGAUGUGUCAGACGGGGAUAACUCCAGUCCAUACGGAGAGAUGGGUACCUUCCUGCUGUUCCCAGGCUCCUACAGUGAUGAUGGAGAGAUGGAGGAGGAGGAGGAGAGGAUGAUCCCAGCCUCUCUGCUUAACUUUCCCCUCCACACCAGCCUCCUCUUUCAGGCAGACUCCAUGGAGAUCACUCUCUUCCCCACAGAGGAGGGGAAUGAGGGAGGAGAGGGAAACGACAGGAACGAAGGGAACGAUGUGGAUGCAUACGCGGCCGGAGAGGAGGAGGGGGACGUGGAGGAUGAUGAUGAAGAUGAUGAUGAGGAAGAAGUGGAGGCUAAGGUAGAGAUAGAGGAGGCUAAGGUAGAAAUAGCGAUAGAGGAAGAGGUUGAUGAAGAGGAGGGUGAGGAUGUUGAGGAAGAGGAGGAGGAGGGAGAGGGUAAGGCUGUAAAUGACCCAGCUGAAGAGGACAACUCGGCCUCCUUCCUUCAUUCACUGUCGGAGACUUCCAUCAACGAAGGUCUGGAUGAGUCCUUCUGUUUCCAUGAUGACACUGACGACUCACUAGACUCCGCCUCUUAUAAUGGUGAAGAGGAUGAGCGGCUGUACAGCACAGAGAGACAUGCUGAACCACCCACAGGACCACCCACAGAACCACACCAAGCCAAACCUCAGCCUGAAAUUAGACCAGAGCACCACAGAACUGAACUGUCUCAGUCCCAGAUCAGACCUAGCCUAAUCAAUCCCCGCGGAGACAAAGAGCCCCGGCCUGAACCAUCACAACCACAACCUGCACUUGCACCUGCCCAACUUGCGGAAUCAGCCCACCCCAAGUCCUCGAACAGCGGCAGUGGGAGUGAAAUGGAGACCUCCUCAGAGUUUUCUGACCCUCCUGUCACCUCUCCUUCUCAGGAGAGCCCUUCUGUCUCUACCCUUACCCCUAAACCUUCUACAACCCCUUACCCUGCCUCGAUUACCCCAAAGACUACCCCUGCUACCGUGUCAACCCCUAAAACCAAGCCUGCAUCUCUCUCUAACCCCAACACUAACUUUGCUCUUGCCCCUAAUGCUAAAGCUGCUACUGUCUGUACCACUAACACUAACCCUGCUACAGCCUCAAACCCACAAAAUAACUCUGCUACUGCCUCCACCCCCAAAACUAACCCUGCUACUGUUUGUACACUUGAAAUGAACCCUGCUACAGGCUCUACCCCUAACACUAACAGUGCUCUUGCCCCUAACGCUAAAUCUCCUACGGCCUGUACCACUAACACCAACCCUGCUGCAGCCUCAACCCCCAAAACUACCCCAGUUACUCCUAACACUAACCCUGCUGCUACAAUCGAGGAAACAGCGUCCCACAGCAAUCCUGUCACCCUGGCAAACCUGCCAUCCCAUAACAGCCCCGUGACCCUGGCAACAGAAGCAGGGCAAGCCAAAGCAGCUGCAGAGGAAGUACAGGCUGGUACGGUGAGAGAGGAGGACAAAAGGAGAGGUGAAAAGAGAGAGAAAGACAAACAGAGCAGUGGGGAGAGAGGACAGGACAAACAGAGCGGUGGGGAGAGAGAGAAGGACAAACAGAUCGGUGGGGAGAGAGGAAAGGACAAACAGAGCAGUGGGGAGAGAGAAAAGAACAAACAGAGCAGUGGGGAGAGAGGAAAGGACAAACAGAGCAGUGGGGAGAGAGAAAAGAACAAACAGAGCAGUGGGGAGAGAGGAAAGGACAAACAGAGCGGUGGGGAGAGAGGAAAGGACAAACAGAGCAGUGGGGAGAGAGGAAAGGACAAACAGAGCGGUGGGGAGAGAGAAAAGGACAAACAGAGCGGUGGGGAGAGAGUAAAGGACAAACAGAGCGGUGGGGAGAGAGGAAAGGACAAACAGAGCAGUGGGGAGAGAGAAAAGAACAAACAGAGCAGUGGGGAGAGAGGGAAGGACAAACAGAGUGGUGGGGAGAGAGAGAAGGAUGAACAGAGUACAGAGACUUCAGACGAGGAUCACACAGAGCAGACAGACAGAGACUCGUUCAAACUACUCAUUAAGCCACACCCCUCUAAGUCAGACACACCCCGGCCUAAACAGAAGACCUCUGAGCCCCGUAAGCCACUCCCACGUGUGUUUGGGGUGGCAGCGGCUUCAAUCAGGUCCAAACCGCUUCUGGUGUCAGUGAUGGAACUGGACCAGAAGAAUGAGAACAGCAGCGCUGAAGGUGUGGACUCCCAUCAGGUCCUUGAAGGGACCACUGCCACCAAUGACCUGAACAAGGGGGUCCCUCUGCUCUCGUACCCGAAAGAGCCUAACCCCAGCAACAUCCCUGUCUCCUCCUGCCCUGAGAGCUCACCUGACCUGGCUGACAACCUGUCCCUGACCCCUGACAUCUGCCCAUGUGACCCUGCCCAGGAGAACCUGAGGGAGAACACCCUGAGCACUGAGGAAGGGGGCCCUGUGGCCCUGGGCUCCCCUCACACACCCCUGGCUGUCUCUCCCAAGAGGGAGAACUCAGAGACAGACGCCGGAGGGAGGAGGGGGGCAGGGGAGGCCCAAUCUCUCUCUCUGGGGCAGGGCUGUGGGUUGGAGGCACAGAGCCUGUUACUGUGUGAGGUGGAGGGGCAUGCUGUUGGACAGACAAUUGGACAGACGAUUGGACAGACACUCUCCGGGCUGCCCAAUGUCGGCACAGACGAGGAUGAGGUGGAUGAUAUAAUGGGGGACGAAGAAGAGAACAACAGCCUGUGUGGUCGGCCAGACAAGAUGGCAGAUGUUGAGCUUGUGGGAGAGGGAGUGCCAGAGUCCAACCUGUCCAGCUGGAGGUCCAUCGAGGAGAUAUCAGAGGCAGGGGGAGGAGAGGACGGAAGCUCCCAAUUCCCAGAGGAUGAUGUCAGCAACCUGCAGAGUCGCCCAGAAAACAAGGAGCAGGAAAACAACAAUGACUCAGUGUUCCUAUCCUCUGGAAUGCCAACCUGUGUGACUCUGAAUGCCCUGUCAGAGGAGGUGAGACACCAGAGCCAGAGUGUGAGUCUGAGGGCAUCCCUCUCAAACAUACCAAUCACAGAGGUGAGACCACAGGCUGCUGCAGCCUCCGAUAGGCCAACAACAUCAACGGACAGCUCAACGCACCAAUCAGACAUAAGACAGGCUUCCUCGUCCAUGGAAAGCCCUGGGCGUGUCUCACCACUAGGGGGUAAACCACAGACCGUUUCAGACCAGAGCUCCGGUUCAGUAGAGGCAGCCAUUUCCAGACCCAACAGUAACACAGAUAUUAACCCAGCAGUCAAACAGGCAGACCUUGCUAUAUCUCUGCUGGGUGGGGCAUUUGGACCCUUCAGUCAUAAAAUCAGACCAAGCAACUCCAAGUCAGGCAGACUGCCCCAAGAAACUUCCCCAUCAAUGAGGAAAGACACAGUAGAGAAUGUCCAAGUCUCCCAAGAAACUUCUCUCUCAGUGGGCAAAGACACAGUAGAGAAGGUCAAAGUUUCCCAAGAAACUUCCCCAUCAGUGAGCAAAGUCACAGUAGAGAAGGUCCAAGUCUCCAAAGAAUUGUCCCUAUCAGUGGGCAAAGACACAGUAGAGAUGGUCCAAGUUUCCCAAGAAUUUCCCCCAUCAGUGGGCAAAGACACGGUAAAGAAUGUCCACGUUUCCCAAGAAUUCUUCCUAUCAUUGGGCAAAAACACAGUAGAGAAGGUCCAAGUUUUUCACGAAACUUCCCCAUCAAUGAGUAAAGACACAGAAGAGAAAGUACAAUUUUCCCAAGAAUGUUCACCAUCAGUGAGCAAAAACAUAGUAGAGAAUGUCCAAGUCUCCCAAGAAACUUCCCUAUGGGUGGGCAAAAACACGGUAAAGAAGGUCCAAGUUUCCCAAGAAACAUCCCCAUCUGUGAGCAAAGACACAGUAGAGAAGGUUCAAGUAUUCCAAGAAUCGUCCCUAUCAGUGGGUAAAAACACAGUAGAGAAAGUCCAAGUUUCCCAAGAAAUUUCCCCGUCAGUGAGCAAAGACACAGUAGAGAAAGUCCAAGUUUCCCAAGAAACAUCCCCAUCCGUGGGCAAAGACACAAUAGAGGAGGUCCAAGUAUUCCAAGAACCAUCUCUAUCAGUAGGCAAAGACACGGUAGAGAAAGUCGAAGUUUCCCAAGAAACUUCCCCAUCAAUGAGCAAAGAGAUAGUAGAGAAAGUACAAUUUUCCCAAGAAUGUUCUCCAUCAGUGAGCAAAAACAUAGUAGAAAAUGUCCAAGUCUCCCAAGAAACUUCCCCAUCAGUGGGCAAAGACACAGUAGAGAAGGUCAACAUUUCCCAAGAAACUUCCCCAUCAUUGAGCAAAGACACAGUAGAGAAGGUCCAAGUAUUCCAAGAACCAUCCCUAUCAGCAGGCAAAGACACGGUAGAGAAGGUCGAAGUUUCCCAAGAAAUGUCCCCAUCAAUGAGCAAAGAGAUAGUAGAGAAAGUACAAUUUUCCCAAGAAUGUUCCCCAUCUGUGAACAAAAACAUAGUAGAAAAUGUCCAAGUCUCCCAAGAAACUUCCCCAUCAGUGGGCAAAGACACAGUAGAGAAGGUCGACAUUUCCCAAGAAACUUCCCCAUCAGUGAGCAAAGACACAGUAGAGAAGGGCCAAGUAUCCCAAGAAUCGGCCCUAUCAGUUGGCAAAGACACAGUAGAGAAGGUCCAAGUUUUCCAAGAAACUUUCCCAUCAGUGAGCAAAGACACAGUAGAGAAGGUACAAGUAUUCCAAGAAUCAGCCCUAUUAGGGGGCAAAGACACAAUAGAAGAGGUCAAAGUUUUCAAAGAAACUUCCCCAUCAGUGGGCAACAACACAGUAGAGAAGGUCAAAGUUUCCCAAGAAACUUCCCCAUCAGUGAGUAAAGACACAGUAGAGAAGGUCCAAGUCUCCAAAGAAUCUUCCCUAUCAGUGGGCAAAGAUACAGUAGAGAAAGUACAAGUUUCCCAAGAAACUUCCCCAUCAGUGAGCAAAGAUACAGUGGAGAAGGUCCAAGUUGUCCAAGAAUCUUCCCUAUCCCUAUCAGUGGGCAAAGACACAGUAGAAAGUGUGAAAAAACUCAGUUCCCAGCCUCAGCCAGAGGAGACAGAGCCACAGACGAUGAGCCAAAGAGAGGGUGGUGGCGGUCAGACGACUGAUAGGCACAUUGACCAACCAAAGAUGAGCGUGGCCUUAGAAGGGCAGGAGAGCAGUGUUUGUAUCUCAGGGGAAAGUGAGGUGGAGGAGAGAGCAGAGGAGAGAUUCUCUCCAACAGAAAGUAUUCCAGAACCUGCACAGCGUCAGACACCUGAGGGAGAGCUGAGCACAGAGAAAGCCAUCACUCCUCCUCAACCAGAGAAGAGAGAGAAGCAGAGAAAGCAGAGCAGAGACAGACCCAGUCAGCUGCGCAGACAAUCUACAUCAGGCCCUGGAUCUAUUGAUCAACCACAGAAACCGGCUCUUGCUACCAAGAACCUAGCAGACACCUCCCCACCAGGGAAACAAAAGAAUACAAACACGAGGGGACAAAAAGCUGUUGCAGAUACCAGACAGAGGAAACCUGUGAAGGGCAAACCUGAAGCAGAGUCCGGGAAGAGAGGGGAAAACAGAAACGUCUCCGUUGCCCCGACUCCCCCAAGUCCUACCAACAUCUGCCCUAUAGCUCCCACUCUCCUAGUCAACCAGGAAGUGAACACGGAAGUGCACCAGAUAAUGCUUGAUAACAGGCCACUGCCUGGCUGCCAGACAGAAAGCAGGAAGGAUAUCAACGAUAACAAUGUGGGGAGUGGCCAUGCCUUCCCUACAGAACAGAAUAGGUCCUCUUCUCCUCCACCUCUUCCCUCCUCCUCUCCUCCUCACCUCUCAUUCUCUCCUCUUUCCUCAUCUCCCCCACCUCUUCCCUCCUCCUCUCCUCCUCACCUCUCAUUCUCUCCUCUUUCCUCAUCUCCCCCACCUCUUCCCUCCUCCUCUCCUCCUCACCUCUCAUUCUCUCCUCUUUCCUCAUCUCCCCCACCUCUUCCCUCCUCCUCUCAUCCUCCUCUCUCCCCCUCUACUCUCUCCUCCUCUCCUCCCCCCAGUUCCUUCGUGAUGCCGCCAGAUGAGGACCUCCCCACCCCCAUACAGGAGUCCCAGCCUCUUGUCACCCCACUCCUAGACACCCAGCCUCAAUCAAUCAAUGUUCAGGCAGCCUCUGCAACCCUUUCUACUACCCCUAAGCACCCCCCUAUACCCACCGAAAGUGUCCCUAUGUCCCCUAACCCCUCCUCAUUUCCAUCUCCACCCACGUCAGCCCUGGCCUCAACCCCCAGCUUUACCCAGCCCACCCAGGAGUCUCUGCCACGGCUGGAGGCUCCAACCACAAUGCCUGUCCUAGGCAUCCGCAGGCAGGUCCAGCCCCAACCAAACCUCCUCACUAAGCCCAACAGACAGGUCAAGACAGGUCAGUCACAAAGCCCACAGGACAGAGAUGGGAUGGAUACAGAGAGUGAUGACGAUGCCACUGCUGUUCCUCUACGACAUCACAUGACUCAGCCCAGGGGGAUUGUGGGAAACCCUUCUCAUAAAGAGUCUGGCUCCUCCAAUCAGCGAGAGAUACUGCUUCACUCCUCCUGUCAAACAACUGAGAGACAGACAGACUGUCCAAUCAGCCACAAGGAUUCACAGGAGCUGGACCUGUCCUUCAAAUACAACUUGGGCUCCUGCAAUGAGUCGGAGAGUGACGGAUCAGUGCCAGAGUUGGAAGAACCAGAGGGGGUGCCACUGAGAUCCUCAGAACCCCAGCCCAUCUCUCCUGCUGAUGAGGGGAUUAACAGACCUAAGCAGAGCCGCAGUGAGAAGAAGGCCCGCAAGGCCAUGGGGAAGCUGGGAUUGCGGCCGGUCCACGGUGUGACCAGAAUCACUAUAAGGAAGUCGAAGAGUAUCUUGUUUGUCAUCAGCAGACCUGACGUCUUCAAGAGCCCCGCGUCAGACAUCUACAUCGUCUUUGGAGAGGCCAAGAUAGAGGACCUGUCUCAACAGGUGCACAAGGCAGCGGCAGAGAAGUUUAAGGUCCCGGUGGAGGCCUCCCCCCUGGCGCCACCUGCUCCACCCAGCCUCACCAUCAAGGAAGAGAGCGAGGAGGAGGAGGUGGACGAGGGAGGUUUGGAGCAGAGGGAUAUAGAGCUGGUGAUGGCCCAGGCUAACGUGUCCCGUUCUAAAGCUGUCCGCGCCCUCAGACACAACACCAACGACAUCGUUAACGCUAUCAUGGAACUGACAAUGUGAGAGGACCCCCACCAAGCAUAAAUGCCACAGUCACAUCUGUAUCGCUGCUAUGUUGCAUUCUCCUUACCUGCUAAUAAACAGUCUGUUGUAACUACA